AUGUGUGGUAACUGUAAUACAGAGGAUGCAGUUGAUAAGUUAGAGACUUAUAUUCCUCUGCUAAAUGAAACGGCCGGUAUAAUUCCUAGGACCUUAAACGAACUUUUCAAAUCGUUAGAAAGCGAUUCUGGGGCAAAUGAUUACGUGGUAAAAUGCUCCUUUAUUGAGUUGUAUAACGAGGAUUUGAAAGACUUGUUAAACGAUGAUACUGAUAGAAGCAGCAGGUUGAGAAUAUUUGAGUCCAAGAAACCAAAUAGUGAUACACUAAUUAUCCAAAAUUUGCAAGAAACGUAUAUUAAUAAUGCAAUUGAUGGGCUAAAUAUAUUACGAAAGGGUCUAAUUAAGCGUAAAACAGCUAGUACUAAACUAAACGACGUAUCUUCUAGAUCUCAUACGAUAUUUACCGUUAAUUUAUAUAAGAAGCAAGGCAAUGAGUUUUUCAAGGUUUCUAAAAUGAACUUAGUGGAUUUAGCUGGAUCUGAAAAUAUCAAUCGGUCGGGUGCUGUCAACCAGAGAGCUAAAGAAGCAGGUCUGAUUAACCAAAGUUUAUUAACUUUAGGCAGAGUGAUUAAUUCGUUAAGUGAUAGAAGCUUAUCAUCUUCUAAUACAUCACAUAUUCCAUAUAGAGAAUCUAAGUUGACAAGACUUCUCCAGGAUUCUAUUGGAGGUCAAACAAAAACUGCUUUAAUUGCAACUAUAUCACCAGCUAAGAUAAACUUAGAUGAAACGAUCUCUACAUUAGAAUAUGCUUCUCGAGCAAAGAACAUACAGAACAAACCACAGUUAGGACAAGAUUGUGAUUUAAUGCUCAAGAAAAUCUUAUUAAAAGAUAUGUCAAAGGAAAUCGCUAAGCUCAAUAAUGAUUUGAUUGCUACCAGAAACAAGAAUGGUAUUUGGAUGGAUGAAAAUAACUAUAAUACAUUAAUUGAAAAUAAUGAUAUAAUAAAAGCUGAACUAAAGGAAUCCAAUUCAAUAAUAAGUGGAUUAAACAUGAAGCUUAGUCAAUUAUCUAAUUUGAAAAAGACCACAGAAUUGAAUAAUAAGAAUUAUAAAAAUAAAAUCAACGAGUACCAGUUAAAAGUUAAGAACUUGGAAAAUAUUGAGGUUAGUAACAAAAAGCAGAUAUCUGACCAAGAGUCUAUGAUAAGCAUGUUAAAUGAUAAAGUAUUAAAAUUGAAUGAAAAUUACCAGUCGUCUAAGCUUCAAUUAAAUCAAUUGAUUACCAAUAGUUUGAAAAGCUCAAUAUCACUGAUAGAAAGUGUUGUUAAUGAUUUGAACAAUUCCAAAGAGAGUCAAAAUAAAAGCUUAAAUUCAAGUAUUGAGAGUAUUCAAAAUAAUUUACAGGCCUGUAAGAACCAUUUAUCGGAAACAAUUUCUUCAACAAAUACAAAAUUAAGCGAGUCUAUAGAUAAGAUUCCUAAGAUGAUGAAUGAUAUAAAUGCCAAUUUUCAUGAAUUUCAUGAUAUCGUUUCGGAUAAUGAAGCGAAAAUAAAGUCAAGUAUGUCAGACUUGAAAAUAGCUAAUGAUAAAUUUUCGGGAUACAUAACAGAGGAGCACUUGGAUCCACAUGCUUUAAACAAUUUCAUUGAUCAGAUAGUAUCAGAGCGGGUAAAUAAGCAGUUGUCGUCAAUAAAAUCAGAUAUGAUGACUAAAUUUGCUACAAUGCUAGAUGAUUCACAUCUCAAACAUGAAAUUCUAUUUAAAGAUUCAAUCAACGAAGUUUCAUCCAAAUUUAUGAAUUCGGAAAGAAGCACGUUAUUGGAAAGGCAGUCAAAUUGGUUUCAUGAAUCGAAGAAAUUUUACAAUUCGAUAGAGAAGGACGCUACUUCCUUUAGAAAGCAGUAUCACGAUUUCAAUGACGAAAAUUCUCACAAACUAUCUACUACAACAAAUAACAUCUCAUCACUCAUUACAAAUACUAUAAAUCCAAAUCUAGCUAAAAUUAACCAAAUAAUUGAUAAAAACAAUUUAUUGGAAGAUAUGCCAAAAUUAAAAGCCAUAAGUGACCUGAUAAUACAAAAAGACGACAAAUUAUGCGAUUCAUUAAAUGACAUUAAUCAGAAUAUGAACACUCUUCAGCAUCAAAUAACGUCAAAUGAAGCUAAUAUUAUUGUGAAAUCGCCAGUGCGGUCACCCUAUAAAUCACCUGUUAAGCAUUCAAAACAAUCACCUUUGAAGCAAUUCAAUUCACCAACGAAGGAACCUACAUCUUCCCCUUCAAAGCGAUUACCAAGUGCAAAAUCAUCGCCCUCCAAGAAAUCCCCUUUGAAAAGACAAUCAUCUUCGAUUGCAUUAAGCGUUAAUACUGACUUACAAAGAACUAAAAUCCCACAACUCAGUAGAUCGAAUUCGGAUAAAGAGAAUUUAUCGGCGGUUGCUUUCAAAAGAAGAAGAAUUAUUCAUGACGUAAAUACUACUCUUAAUAAGUAA